UUUUCUUUCAUUUUCCUUUCUUCCAGAUCAGAAACUAUUGAUCAUACAAAGGAUCAAAAACUUGGAAUCACCUUUAUUCUGUGGGCUGUGAUUUUCAGAUGAGAAUACCAAGAGGCAGGUACUUUGCUGCACUAGAUAUCAGGAAGUGGAAUUGCUGGGCCAACUAUACAUAUUCUAACGGGCACAGUGUCUGCAUCAUUCCUCUGGUGUCUCCUGACACACAGCACAGAUGAAAAUGGCGAGUGACCUGACUUGCCUUCUGCUCGACUUCUUUGUCUGUCUAGUCCUAAUCCAGCUGCUCACUCCUUGCUCAGCUCACUUUGCUGUACAUGGACCCGCUGGGCCCAUCCUGGCCAUGGUAGGCAAAGAUGCCGAUCUGCCCUGUCACCUGUCCCCAACGAUGAGCGCAGAGACCUUGGAGCUGAGGUGGGUGAGAUCCAGCCUUAGACAGGUAGUGAACGUGUAUGCCAAUGGAAAGGAAGUGGAAGAUAAACAGACUCCAGAGUAUCGAGGGAGAACGUCCAUUCUACGAGAUGACAUCACCGCAGGGAAGGCUACUCUCCGAAUACACAAUGUCACAGCCUCCGACAGUGGAAACUACCUGUGUUAUUUCCAAGAUGGCAACUUCUACGAAAAGGCCAUGGUGGAGCUGAAGGUAGCAGCACUGGGUACUGAUCUUCACAUGGAAAUGAAGGGUUAUAAGGAUGGAGGAAUCCAACUGCAGUGCAGAUCCACUGGCUGGUACCCCCAGCCCCAAGUGCAGUGGAGAGAUGCCAAAGGGGAGAUCAUCCCAACUGUGGUGGCACCUGUGGUUGCAGACAGAGUGGGCCUGUAUGCAGUGGCAGCAUCUGUGAUCAUGAGAGAAAAUUCUGGGAAGGAGGCAUCCUGUACCAUCAGAAAUUCCCUCCUCCAGCAGGAGAAGACAGCUAGGAUUUCCAUCGCAGACCCCUUCUUCCAGAGCGCUCAGCCCUGGAUCGCUGCCCUCGCCGGGAUCCUGCCUGUCUCGCUGCUACUUCUAUCAGGGGCAGGUUACUUCCUGUGGCGACAACAACAGGAAAAAAAGACUCUGUUCAACGAAAAAAAGAGAGAGCAGGAAAUGAGAGAAUUAGCACAGAGCACAAUGAAGCAGGAACGAAGCAGAAGAGAGAAGCUGGAGGAUGAACUCAAAUGGAGAAAAAUCCAGUACAUGGCUCGUGGGGAAAAGUCUCCAGCCUAUGAUGAAUGGAAAGCGGCCCUCUUCCAAGCUGAGGAUGUGAUUCUGGAUCCAGAUACAGCAAACCCCAUCCUCCUUUUGUCUGAGGACUUGAGGAGUCUGCAGCUUGCAAAGGAGAAACAGGACCUGCCAGACAUACCUGAGAGAUUUAAUUGGCAUCACUGUGUGCUUGGCCAUGAGAAUUUCACAUCGGGGAGACAUUACUGGGAGGUGGAGGUGGGGGACAGGAAAGAGUGGCAUAUUGGGGUGUGUAGGAGGGAUGUGGAGAGAAAAGGUUGGGUCAAAAUGGCACCUGAGAAUGGAUUCUGGACUAUGGGACGGUCCGAUGAGAAUGACUUUCGGGCUCUCACUGACCCCAGAACAAAACUGACGCUUGCUGAGCCCCCUGAAAAAGUGGGUGUUUUCCUGGACUACGAGACUGGGGAGGUCUCAUUCUACAAUGCCAUAGAUGGAUCUCAUAUUUAUACCUUCCUGCACACCUCCUUCUCUGGGCCUCUGUAUCCUGUUUUCAGAAUUUUAACUUUGGAGCCCACUGCACUGACCAUUUGCCCAGCAUCAAAAGUCGUGGAGAGUUCCCAUAUUCCUGACUUAGUUCCGGACCUUUCCCUGAAGACCCCAGUUACCCCAAGUUUAACUAAUGAAACUACUGAGCCUCAGGGUGAAGUGAUGUGUCCACUUCUCCCUGCACAGUCUGGAGCUGAAGGUCUCCCUCUGCACAGCAGCCAUCACAACCAUGAAGCUACGUGCAUACACUGAAGCACUUUGCUGAUACUCAUUCAGUUAUGCCAUAUGACAGUAGUUUCAGCUUGGUGCCCCUUUAUUAUCUAUCCCCUUGUACAGGUAAGGAGAAGGAGACUGCACAAAAGUGAAUUAACUUUCCAAAGGUGACAUGGCUGGGACCUGAACAACAAUAACCACCAUUUAUAGAGAACAUAAAAUAUACUGGUUGCUGCGCUACCAUGCACUAGGUAGGUUUCACGCAUGUAACCCUGACAACUCCCCGUGGGGGAGUUUCAUUUUGCAGAUGGGGCAGCUGAGGCAGGGCAAAAUUAAAUCACUUCAGUAGCUCAUGAAAUAAGUUGUACAGUUGGGAGAUACUCAGCCUUGGUCCUUGACCACCUGCCCGUUCUUUUCUAGUUUCAUUUUCUGCACAGAAAGGGACUAUGUGCAUCCCUGAGGUUCUCUUUCCAGAGAGGCUGCGGGGUAGGGAUCAUUGUAGGUGGCUGCGGCCAUCACACCCUUCCUGAGCCAUUCCCAGCUGAUUGUCAAAGCUUUACACCCAGCACUCUUUGGGACUGGCCUUGCAGGGUGUCUUCUUUCAGAGAAAAAACUCCCUUUAACUGUGUUACACGUUACUGUGGAAGGGAAUAGAAGCCAAAUUCUGAAUUAAUAAUUGCACAGCAUAGGUGUUGCCACUCUAUCAAUGUGGUAAGUGAUCCUAUGUUGCUGGUGUCUAGGAAUUGUGGCUAGUAACCUAAAGAUUGUCAAUGAAACAAGAAUUUGGGAGGAGGGGCAGUGCCUGUGGCUCAAUGGAGUAGGGCGCUGACCCCAUAUGCUUGAGGUGGUGGGUUCAAGCCCAGCCCCGGCCAAAAACUGCAAAGAAAAAAAAAAAAAAAGAAUUUGGGAGGAGGAAAGAAGCUAGAAGAAUAGCGGGGGUAUAGUUAAUCUCUCUGUGGAAUCCAUCUGCAGGAAAGGGAUAUAUUUACUUUGAUCAUUGUGAAUAUAUAAAACCACUAUUCCUUUCAACUGAAAGAUGCUAAGACAACUGUUCUAACUUAUCGUAUGUUAUUAUUCACCACUGUAUACCUUCUUCUAGCAUGUACAUGUCAUAUUUUAUUUGAACAAUAAAAUUGUUAGUAAUCCUCCCUCUUUCCAUUUGGAGUCUUCCAGGCUCUUAAAGGUCUGCUCAGCACAGUGGAGUGGCCUUAC